AUGGACAAGCCGUCCACUCCCGCCGUCGCCUCGCUGGCCCCGCCGGCCGUCUCGUCGCUGCGAGCUCAGCAGACGACGGCCAUGGAGAGAUCCAUCAGCCAGGACAUCCGGGAAGAGCGAGAGGAACUGCGAGAGGCGGCCGAGCAGACGCUGAAUGCCAUUGCAUACCUUAACCUCGACGGCACCAUCAAGUGGGUUAGCCCUUCUUGGACCGAUGUCGUUGGCACAAAGGUCGAAUCCGUCGAAGGCGUCCCCAUUUCCGACUUGAUAGCCAGCGAGAACAAGUCCAUCUUUACCGAUGUAGUUGAGUCGAUGAAGAGGGACGACUCCAAGAGCCACAGGGUUCGCUUCUCUGUUGUAUUGGGCCCUCUGUCAAAGUUACGCUCGUUGGACAGCCUUUCGGCUCUCGAUCCAUCACAAGUCCCACAAACGGAGGUGGCCGAUCUCGAGGCACAGGGUAUCAUGGUGUACGACAGUGCCUCGGGCGGUGAAAGCCAUACAAUGUGGAUGAUUCGUCCGUGGAUACCACACGAAGUUCAAAUCGAUCUCCCCGCCGUGAUUGUCGACUCCCUAGGCUCGGGAGUCGAAAUCCUCGCCGGUAUCCUCACCCGCAUAGCAGAAGCUGCAAGCGAAGAAUCAGAAGGACCAGAACCUCCGCCUCCAGUUCUCUGCCGCAUUUGCGAACGUCAGAUACCGCCCUGGUGGUUCGAAAAGCACACGGACCUGUGUCUCCAAGAGCACCAUGCCGAAAUGGAUGUGCAAAUGGCUCAGGAGAGCCUGAAAUCACGCAAGAGCCGAUCAUUGACUGGCGGCGACUCGCCCAAUCUUCCCGUCGCCGAAUACAAAGGCCAGCCCAUUGGCCCUCCGCCAUCGGCACAGUCGUCCCCCGGGACUUCGCUCGCUCGCUCACGAGAAAGACCGGGCGGGUUUGGACACGCCAGAGCCCGUUCCUUUGCCAUUCGUCGACCACAAGCACGUAUCGUUGAGCUCCUGUUGGAUCUAUGCGAUACUGCCAUCGAAAUCAGCUGCCCGGGUAUCAAGGAGAGCUCUUCGCAGCAUGGCAACUGGGAACUGCGCACCCAAUCACCUCAGUCGGAAUCGAGAAUCUCGCAAGUGCUCCAGUGGCAGUCGCCAAGCUCCAACACUCUCGAACAAGAACAAGGUCUGGCAUUGCUCUGCGAAGAUACUGAAAAGGUGGCUCGAGCCAAGGUGGAUGCUGUCUUCCGCCAUCGGCAGAUUAUUGAAUAUGCGGAGCGAAUUCGCAUCGAGUUUGCGGUUCUCGUACAAGACUGUAUUGAUGAGGCGACCAGAAAAGCCGCUCGCAUUGCCGAGGGUCGGUUUAGUGAUUCCACCGAAGACGAGCUUGAUGAGUCGGAAGCAUACACAGAAGACAUCGAAGUGAGGAGUGAAACCACCGAGCCGACAAGCCACGCCGGCGAAGAGCAUUUUGAUCACUCCAUUACCAGCCCUUCUGCCCUGGCUGCAGCACUUCGUCAGGUCGACAUGUCCGGGGGACUUGGACGAUCUCGCCCUACAUCGUUUGUGGGAUCUACUAGAUCCAGUAGUCCUAGAGAAUGCCCAACUCCUCGAUCUCAUCCGGGUGGGUUGAGCAUUCUGAGCCAAUCUCGAGAUUCACGCCGAGGGUCAACCCUCCCUCUCGAGAGCGACAUUGGCGAGAGUGAGGGAAGCCUACGAUCAUCAUCGGUAGCCUCGCGAGGGCACAACAGGACUGAAUCGCCCAUCUCUGAAUUUGGCGAUCUAAGACGUGCAGCGAGCUCCAGGAGGCACAGGCGGAGCUUAGUGAUCCCGGAGACAGCUUCUCCCCGACGGCAAGAAUCCCCGUCACGGAUGAUGACGCAGCCAUCCUCUCCUCUGAGGAUCAAGGCUCGGGUGCUGCCUCAAGCGCACGAGUCAAUCAUUUCCCCCGAGGCAUCACCAAUGUUUCCUAGUAGCGAAUUCAGCUCCCCCAUUACUCAUCCGUCUAGACAUCACAGGAGACAAUCUUCAGCCGCAAUAUCUGACUUCGUCAUGAAGCCGCCGCCAUCUCCACGUCUCAAUGCUGGAAAUCAGCCGCCGCCGCAGCCCCGAUCGUCGCAGCCGUCGAUCAAAGACUUCGAGAUUAUCAAGCCCAUAAGUAAAGGAGCCUUUGGCAGCGUCUAUCUCUCGAAAAAGAAAUCUACUGGAGAGUAUUUCGCCAUCAAGGUGCUGAAAAAGGCCGACAUGGUUGCCAAAAACCAGGUCGGAAAUGUCAAGGCGGAGCGUGCUAUUAUGAUGUGGCAAGGACAGAGCGAAUUCGUUGCGAAGCUGUACUGGACAUUUUCUAGCAAAGAUUACCUAUAUCUUGUCAUGGAGUAUCUCAACGGAGGCGAUUGCGCUUCCCUCAUCAAGGUGCUGGGCGGUCUUCCUGAAGACUGGGUCAAAAAGUAUCUUGGAGAAGUUGUCUUGGGCGUGGAGCAUCUUCAUGAGAGAGGGGUCAUCCAUCGAGACCUCAAGCCCGAUAAUCUGUUGAUCGAUCAAAAGGGCCAUCUGAAGCUGACUGAUUUCGGACUUUCGCGCAUGGGUUUAGUAGGUCGACAGAAGAGAGCGUUGAACAGUGACGCAGAUUCUACUCCAGACCUGCUCAAGCAGGGACCAUUUGUUCGUUCUACGUCUAUGGCAUCCUCACGAUCAACAUCGCUCGAUAUUCAGGGUCAAACUUAUUCUCCCAGCGCAACACCACAGAUGACGCCGGAUGUCGGGAGCAUUGGCCAGCCGUCGUACUUCAGUCUUGGCCCUGCUCAGUCUGACCCACGCCGCAUUUCGAAUAGCCAUCGAAGCGACAGCGGUGGAAGCGAGACGCUGAGCCGCAUGAUCACCACAUUCUCCAUCCAUGACUCCGACUCGGGUUCUCAGCCUGCAAGCGCUAGGAUGUUCCUGGAUGAGGACGCUGUAAUUCACGGAUCACCAGAUCUGGCACCAUAUUCAACCACCAGAACUAGCAUGGACAGCCACGGUCGAAACUCUCACCCGCCGCCAAACAUGAUACCACCUCCCAUGGCAUUGUUUGAUCCCGAAGAUACAAACAGGCGCUUCGUCGGAACUCCAGAUUAUCUAGCCCCAGAAACGAUCAAGGGAGACAAGCAAGAUGAGACGAGUGAUUGGUGGUCUGUCGGAUGCAUCAUGUUUGAGUUUCUUUACGGCAUCCCACCAUUCCACGCCGGCGAAGCCGAGCAGGUUUUCGAGAACAUCUUGGCACGCAAGAUUCAGUGGCCAGAUGAUGCAGACUGUGAGCCAGUGUCUGAUGAGGCCAAAGAUUUGAUCAACAAGCUGUUAUGCAUGGACCCCCCGCAACGUUUGGGUUCCAACCGUGAAGAAAAAUUCGCUUCUGGUGGUGAGGAGAUACGAAGCCAUCCUUGGUUUGCAGGAGUCAACUGGGAAACCUUGUUGGAAGAUGAGGCUCAGUUCGUCCCUCAGCCGGAGAACCCAGAAGAUACCGAAUACUUUGAUUCGAGAGGCGCUGUCCUUCAAUCAUUCGUAGAGGAGAUGGAGGACCAAAUGUCGCCGCAAUCUUCCACUACUGGGUCCACUGACUAUCCAGAUAGGCCGCACGACGCCCUUUCGCGAGUCCGUUCGCAAGUAAACCAAGCGGGUAGGAAGCUGAUGCCACUACACAUUCCCCCUCACGUGCGAGACCUCAAAUCACGGAGGCUGAGCGAGCCAAUUGCUGCCGAUGACUUUGGUAGCUUCUCUUUCAAGAACCUGCCUGUAUUGGAAAAGGCAAACAAGGACGUGAUCCAGAAGCUUAGGGCAGAGGCCCUGGCAGUCCAAACACCGUCGCUUGAAGGCAGCCCCGUGGUAUCAACCCAUAUUCAAAGAACCUUGUCCAACGCAAAGGCUCGCCCGCAAUCCCCAUCAGGCUUAAGCCUCGCGAAUGCGUCUCCCAACAGGAUUUCGCAGGUCUCGCAGCCUUCACAGCCCUCAUCUCCUUUGCUGGUCUCUUUCACGGCAGCCGGACAAGUACCAUCAGAUGGCCGUAGGAAGGCAUCAAGUAACUCAUCCAGCUUGUCGUACCAAUCAUCAUCUUCUCUGCAGCCAAAUUCCGCCUUUGAGAUACCAAAAGUUCCCCCUAGCCUGCAGAGAGCUGCAACAUCCGCAUCUGCAUCGCCGAUUAAACCCCGAAAGGUGUUGGCAACGCCGGUCCGGCAGGGAAGCACAUCUUCGACAAGCCGGUCGAGGUCCCUCACUGUGGGAUCGCAGGAAGCCAGCCCCAUAGCAACAGACAUGCUCCAGCAUCACCACCGGAAUCGUCGAAGUCAAGUGUUUGACAUGUCGCCUUCAUCCUCAGACAACGAAGGAGACAAGCAUAACGCUCUCUUGAGGGUCCAGCGGCGUCGGCAAAGCUCACGACGGCUCUCUCAGAUUGCUUUUGACAACGGACCGACAUUCCGGCCCUUGGACGUGCUCAUCUGUGAAGAUCAUCCCGUGUCUCGGAUGGUGAUGGAGAAACUCCUUGAGAAGCUACGCUGCCGCACCAUUUCCGUAGCUAACGGAUCGGAAGCAGUGCGAUAUUCGAUGAGCGAGAUCAAGUUUGACAUCAUCUUCCUCGAAUACCGACUUCCACAGAUCAAUGGAGCCGACGUGGCUCGCAUGAUACGAGAGACCAAGAAUGCCAACUCGCACACCCCCAUCGUAGCUAUUACGGCGUAUCUAAAGGAACUGCAGGCGCCGCACUACUUUGACUCCCUGAUUGAGAAACCCAUCAGCUCAUCAAAACUAACAGAGGUGCUUCGGAGCCUCUGCCAGUGGCAGCCCGAAUCCCCGCACAGGCCGGCUAUUCCCUCCAUGCCGCAAACCAUUCCGCUUAACCUGAGGAGAGCUCACCCCCCUCGUCCAAUCGAUGACAGUCCAACGUCGAGCAUCUCUGCGUUUACGGGCCGCCAUGCAUCGGCGAUGGUGUCAAGCCGGGAAGAUUCCAUCACAUCUAGUAUGUUUGGGGAUUCGGAGUCUUACACUACGGAUGAGAUCCCGGUCGUCAUCAGCCGCAAGGCAACCGGUGAUUGGGGGGAUGACAGCGGUGGCCUUGGAAUCACCGACAUGGACGCAGCAGCUGGGCUUGAUAAUUCACCUAAGAGCAUACCCUUGCUCCUGUGCCAGCAGUCGGCGCCAGCACACCUAGAAGUCAUGUCACGCGGUCUUGAUAACCGACUCAAGGUUAGGCAGGACAUUUUUGACAAGAAGCCCUCGGAGGGCACCGAGUCCGCGGACGACGAAGAUGAAGAGCUUGAUGGUAGGAGAGACAUGCAGCUGAGACGGGGGAGCAAGGCUGUGAUUGGAAAGGGCUCAUUACCGAGCUCGAAGCUUGGUAUUGAGAUGAUGCGAGCGGAUAGCCAUGACAGCGUCACACUGUCAGAUAGCACAUCAGAAGCUGUGACGCAGGUAGCAACAACACCUUCACUUGAGUUGGAGAGACAAUUAGUCGGUAUGCCACCAGACAUAGCGGCAGCACUGAGCACGCCAAACAAGACUGGGGCCGGGGCCGAUUUGGAAGGCAUGCUGGGCCCUGGGAGCACCGAGGCGACACCAAGACCACCCGUAGCCGGGACAGAUACAGAUCGGACUGACAGCGGGGGUUCGGUGGUGAGAAUUCAACUUGAAGGAGACGACUCAACCCCAAGGGCCUUGGGCAAACAGGCAUGA